CUCAGAUUUUAUGAAUCGCUUUUCUCAUACUUUUAUUUAUAGAACAAAGAACUAAUCCAGAGUUACCGUGAAGAAACUGAAAAGCGACGCAAGGAAAUCGAAGAAUUGAAAACUAGUGCUCGUAUUUUCCAAGUUCAGAAAUGUACAGGAUGUGAAGGAAUGCUUGAUUUACCUGCUGUACAUUUUCUCUGUCGUCAUUCAUAUCAUCAAAGAUGUCUUGGUGAAAAUGACAACGAAUGCCCACAAUGUUCAGUUCAACAUCGAAUGAUAUCAGAAAUACGACAUGCGCAAGAAGCUAGUGCUGAUCGACAUGAUCUUUUCUUUGAUCAGUUGGAUAACGAAGAUGAUGGAUUUUCAGUGAUUGCUGAUUAUUUUUCAAAAAACACCAUGGCGUUUGCCAAGUUGAUUGAUUAGAUUAGAUAUUAUUUAUACUUAUUGCUCCAUUUAAACACAUAUAAUAAAAACUUUUAUAUAUA